AUGAGCAAUCUCUUAGCAUACUCUGUUGAAAGUGGUGUUGUUGAAGCAGCAAGUUCAUCACCAACAGCUACCAACGAUCAGUCUGAAAAAGAUGAUUUCUCUCCGACAACCGAAAUCAAUGGUCCUUUUAUUGAUGAUAUUAUUUUUGAAAUUCUUCAAUUCCUUGAUUCCACGUUUAUCAUUCAAACUUGUAUGAAAAUUUCAAAACAAUGGAGACAAGUAUCAUUUCUUUAUCAUUCGCAAAAAACCACUCUCUCAUUAUCAUUCGCAAAAAACAGCUUGAAACAUGUUCGUGAAUCAAUCAUACUUUUAGCUAAUUGUGAAUGCUUGAAGAACUUGACUUCUCUGGAUCUGUACCGAAAUACAAUUUGCAGUGAAGGUGCCAAAUUUAUUGCCGAAAGUGAGUGCUUGAAGAAUUUGACUUGUUUGAAUCUGGAACGCAAUUAUAUUGGCAACGAAGGUGUCAAAUUUAUUGCCGAAAGUGAGUACAUGAAGAAUUUGACUUCUUUGAAUCUGAAAUACAAUUCACUUCGUAGCAGUGAAGGAGUCAAAUAUAUUGCCGAAAGUGAGUACAUGAAGAAUUUGACUUAUUUGAAUCUGGAACGCAAUCGAAUUGGCGUUGAAAGUGCCAUAUGUAUUGGUAAAACAAAAUGCUUGAAGAAUUUGACUUCUUUGAAUCUGUAUUACAAUCGAAUUAUGCCUGGGGGUGUCGAAUAUAUUGCUAAAAAUGAGUGUUUUAAGAAUUUGACUCAUUUGGAUCUGAGCUACAAUGCAAUUGGCAAUCGUUGUGUCAAAUAUAUUGCUGAAAGUGAGUGCUUGAAGAAUUUGACCUAUUUAGGUCUGCGUUGUACUAGUAUUGGCAGUGAAGGUGUCGAAUAUAUUUCUAAAAGUGAGCGCUUGAAGAAUUUAACUUCUUUGGAUCUGAGCUACAAUGCAAUUGGCAAUCAUUGUGUCAAAUAUAUUGCUGAAAGUGAGUACAUGAAGAAUUUGACUUAUUUAGAUCUGCGUUGUACUAGUAUUGGCAGUGAAGGUGUGAUAAAUACAUUUUAA